GGCGGAAAUCACAGUUAAUCAUAACAGUCCAGUUGGGCUUUCCUGGUUUGACAGCUUUCACUGUACGCCGAGGUCAAGGGGAAAGUAGCAUGGCUGCGUUGUUCAGAGGGUCGCGAAAUAUAUUGUUAAGGUGGAAUAAACAUGUCGACCUUGCUUUCGUUUCAACGCGAUCAAUGGCCUCAAAAACACCAGUGGGGUUUGUUGGUCUGGGAAACAUGGGCAGUCCCAUGGCCAAAAACCUGUUAAAAAAUGGUUAUCCCGUUAUUGCCACUGAUGUCUUCCCUGAGUCUUGCAAGGAGCUGCAGGAUAUUGGUGCCCAGGUAGUAGACUCUCCAGCAGAUGUGGCGGAGAAAGCAGACCGCAUCCUCACAAUGCUACCCUCCAGUCCCAACGUCAUUGAAGUAUACACAGGCCCAAAUGGCAUUCUCAAAAAGGUGAAGAAGGGAACACUGUUAAUUGACUCCUCCACCAUCGACCCUGCCGUCUCAAGAGAGAUGGCAGUCGCUGCAGAGAAGAUGGGUGCAGUGUUCAUGGAUGCUCCAGUCUCAGGAGGUGUCGGGGCUGCCAGUUUGGCCAAACUAACCUUCAUGGUAGGUGGAGUGAAGGAGGAAUACAACGCUGCGCAAGAGCUGCUCACCUGCAUGGGAGCCAAUUCUGUCUACUGUGGACAGGUUGGCACUGGACAGGCAGCUAAGAUCUGCAACAACAUGCUCCUGGCCAUUGGAAUGAUUGGGACCGCAGAGACCAUGAACCUCGGCAUCAGACUUGGUUUGGAUCCCAAGCUGCUGGCAAAAAUCCUCAACAUGUCCUCAGGUCGUUGCUGGUCCAGCGACACGUAUAAUCCAGUCCCCGGCGUCAUGGAGGGCGUCCCCUCUGCCAACAACUACCAGGGUGGCUUUGGAACCACACUAAUGGCCAAGGAUCUUGGUUUGGCUCAAAACACUGCCACCGAUACCAAGACACCCAUCCCUCUGGGUUCCCUCGCCCACCAGAUCUUCCGAGUCAUGUGCUCCCGCGGCUACGCUAACAAGGACUUCUCAUCCGUCUUCCAAUUCCUACGUGAAGAGGAAGGACAGUGAAUGGAGGGGGAGCACAGUUGAAUGGGAUCUUACCAUACAUAAACACACACACACACACACAUACAUACACACACACACACACACACACAUACUACAACUAUACAUCCCAGUGCCCCUUAUCCUACUAUGCUCAGGAGAGACUAAGGCCUUGCCCUCAGGCACAGAUCUAUCGUCCAAUUAACAUACUUUAUGUCGACACAUGUCCCCUCAUAGCAUUAGCUGAAUCCUAUUUUCAGUUCACGGCUCCCUCUCAGCAACGGGGAAAUGCUAAACCUGACCUUAGAUCUAGUAUCUCUUCUCAGUCCAAGAGGCCAGAGUGGAAAAUGAGAGGUGGGAUGAGGCACUACAGGUUAUAUGUACCAGUGCAAAUAAUAUAUGGUUUUUCAGGUUGUUGAGUAAUAACUGCAUGAUUGCUCAAAGUUUAAGUACGCUUUUUUCAGGUUUGUGCUUCUUGCCUGUUACCCAACUGACUCAGUCCUGUUCCUGUUAAAUGAAAGAGGACAGAAAAGAAAAGCAGUAUUAUCAGUAUAGUCAACAGUAUUGACUUGUUUGCCACCAUCUGUGUUUUCGUUGGCCCAAUUACAUACAAGUCUAUGCAAAGACACAAAUACACUUGAAUUUUGCGGCAUGAAUGACGCAAAUUACGCGACCCAAAUGAUGCGAAGCAGUGAGUGAGUUGAAUGCGCCAUAAGGAUUUGCAUAGGGGUGGAAAUUUCAGUGAGACAGAGCCAGAGUUAAUGUUACCUUUACUCUCCUGGAGAAAAAGGCCCAUGUUCACAGCACUGCCUCUAAGGUAACCAAAAGUAGCCACACUGUGGGCUCAAAGUUCACUUGUUUUGUUACAUUUGUCUGUUUUGGGCCACAUUCAGAGUCAUUCAGUCACCUACUGUCGUCGCCCGAGUCGUCCUGCCAGCAUACAUACUUUCAUUCCCUGGAUCGACAACUUGAGCUCCUUUAAACACUGUGAUACAAACUGUAUAUCUGGUUAUUUUUGCACUGUGUGCAUCAUAGUAAGAUGUGCCGGAUCAUUUUGAUACAGUUACAGAAUCUCUUUGAACUUACCUCUCUUUUCAACUAUCUACAUCUGCGCAUUGAGCCACUGGAGUAUUAUGUCUUGACCAACACUGUUAGAAUUUUUUACGGUUCACUACAAAAUGUUGUUUUCAUUGUCUAGCACUUUCUCUUGCCGGGAUUGAUUUUAAUUAAAGUCAAUCCUCACGUAUUUCUCCUCUCUCUCGGUCUCUGUCUCUCUCUAUCAACGUGUACAACAUCUGUGUAAAGUGUAAACGAGGAACGGUUCCUCCCUGCCCUGCGCAAAUGUACAUAAUGUAUAUUUCAUAUUCUUGCGUAGUAUUGAAAUAAUGAAUCUCAAUGAACGUUCACUUUUUGUAGUAAAAAUCAUUAAUAGUGUCUACAGUUUGUCUUUGCUCUGUGAAACGGAUCCUCAGUCACACUGUAGCCUAAAAUAAAAGAUGUUCUGUGUA